AACGAGCUGCACAGCUGUCACACCGUAACAGAAAAUGGCAGCGGCGAAACCGAAACGUAACUUCCCGCCGAUAACCGAAUGUAACGGAGCGACGUCGUCGUCGCAGCCGGAGUCCAUCGCCGCAGACCUCGACGGCACGCUCCUCAUCUCACGGAGCUCAUUUCCGUACUUCAUGCUCGUCGCCGUCGAAGCCGGAAGCCUCCUCCGCGGCCUCAUCCUCCUCCUCUCCAUCCCCUUCGUCAUUGUCGCUUACCUUUUUAUCUCAGAAGCUAUCGGAAUCCAGAUCCUCAUCUUUAUCUCCUUCGCCGGUCUCAAAAUCCGUGACAUCGAACUCGCUUCACGCGCGGUGCUUCCAAGGUUUUAUGCUGCGGACGUGAGGAGAGAGAGCUUCGAGGUGUUCGACCGGUGCAAGAGGAAGGUGGUGGUGACGGCGAACCCGACGGUGAUGGUGGAACCGUUCGUGAGGGACUUUCUUGGCGGUGACAAGGUGCUGGGAACGGAGAUCGAGGUGAACCCUAAGACCAAGAAGGCUACGGGAUUCGUGAAGAAGCCUGGUGUUCUUGUGGGGAAGCUGAAGCGCUUGGCGAUUUUGAAAGAGUUCGGUGAGGAUUUGCCUGAAAUUGGAAUCGGAGAUCGUAAAACUGACCACGAUUUCAUGUCUAUUUGCAAGGAAGGGUACAUGGUGCCCCCCAGCCAAUCAGCAAAACCAGUUCCACAAGACCGUCUCAAGAGCCGGCUCAUCUUCCACGACGGCCGCUUCGUGCAGCGCCCAGACCCACUGAACGCCAUAAUCACCUUCACGUGGCUCCCCUUCGGCUUCAUCCUCUCCAUCAUCAGGGUCUACUUCAACCUCCCUCUACCAGAACGCAUUGUGCGCUACACCUACGAAAUGCUGGGCAUCAAGCUCGUCAUCCGCGGCCACCGUCCACCGCCUCCGUCCCCGGGAACCCCCGGCAACCUAUACGUCUGCAACCACCGCACCGCCCUCGACCCCAUCAUCAUCGCCAUUGCUCUAGGCCGCAAGGUCUCCUGCGUCACCUACAGCGUCAGCAAGCUCUCCCGCUUCCUCUCGCCGAUCCCCGCCGUGGCCCUCACCCGCGACCGUGCGGCCGACGCAGCCCGCAUCAAGGAGCUCCUCCAGAAGGGUGACCUCGUGGUGUGCCCGGAGGGCACCACGUGUCGUGAGCCAUUCUUGCUGCGGUUCAGUGCUCUGUUCGCUGAACUAAGCGAUAGGAUCGUGCCCGUGGCUGUUGACUGCAAGCAGAACAUGUUUUAUGGGACCACCGUGCGUGGGGUCAAGUUCUGGGACCCUUACUUCUUCUUCAUGAAUCCUAGACCUGUUUACGAGGCUACCUUCCUUGACCGAUUGCCGGAGACGAUGUCGUGUAAGGCUGGGGGGAAGUCGUCCAUUGAGGUGGCGAAUCACGUGCAGAAGGUGUUGGGGGAUGUGCUUGGGUUUGAAUGCACCGGGUUGACUAGGAAAGAUAAGUACAUGUUGCUGGGAGGGAAUGAUGGGAAGGUGGAGUCCAUGUACAGUGCCAAGAAAUGAAAUAAUAAACAUAUGGAAGGAGAUUCCACUCUCUUGUGGUUUGGAAGAAUCUAGUGAGGGGUAUUGUUGUGGUUGGAUUGUUUGAGAGUUGGUUGAUAUAGAAAAAGGUUAGUAUAAAAUACCAAUUGGUGUUUUAGGUGAACCCUCUGAGAUUGGAUUUUUAUUAUGAAUUACUAAUGAUUUAAGUGUUUACAAUGUUAAUGCAAACUUUCUUUAUGUGACUUUUUAUUUUU